UGGAGCCCUACGAACUUCAAGACGACAACCAAACUUCGACGAAUUCGACAUUUCCGACCACCCUCUUCACCUCUUCAAUCAUAAACCGCAAUCAUGGGUCGCGUUCGUACUAAGACCGUUAAGAAGUCCGCCAAGGUCAUCAUUGAGCGAUACUACCCAAAGUUGACCCUCGAUUUCGAGACCAACAAGAGAAUCUGUGAUGAAAUUGCCAUCAUUGCUUCCAAGCGUCUUCGCAACAAGGUACGACUGUCGCCAAUCGAGCGCAUACUUCUAGGUCACAUUCUAAUUGAUUGAUUGCAGAUUGCUGGAUACACCACCCAUCUGAUGAAGCGCAUUCAACGUGGUCCAGUCCGCGGUAUCUCCUUCAAGCUCCAAGAAGAGGAGAGAGAGCGAAAGGAUCAAUACGUACCAGAAGUUUCUGCCCUCGACUUCACCCAGAGCGAGACUGGCCAACUCGAGGUUGACACCGAGACCAAGGACCUCCUCAAGAGCCUCGGAGUAAGUGUUUUUGUAGCCUUCUGAAUGUCAAUCUCUAAUAUAGCAUCCAGUUCGAUUCCAUCCCAGUCAACGUUGUCGCAGUUUCCCAACAACAAGCCGUCGAGCCCCGCCGCCGAUUUAAUGACCGUCCUCAACGAAGCUAGAUUCAUAAUGAUUUGCAAGGAAAAUGGGAUACCACGGAUGGUUGGGAAAGGAUCUGAUUGCUACUGGGCGUUAAAGCUGGUCGGUUAUGCAUACUAGAUCAAUGUGAGAACAUAUUCCAACCCAAGG